AUGGGAGACUUGAAUGGUGCAGCUGAGAUCAACACCCAACUCCAAGCCUUGCAGGCCAGACAAGCUCAGCUCACGGAAGCCCUUAAUGCCUUGACUGCACAAAUGAAUCUCAUGGGUCAGGGAAACCGGAACCAACCCAAUGGCCAGCCGGCUGCAAGAAGGUUCGGCCCUUACCUCAACCAGCCGCAGUCCGAGUCGGAGGAAGAUGAGUCUGAGUAUGAGCCACCAGAUCGUGGAGGUGCAAACCAGGCCGCUCGAGGUGGGAGACGUGGUAGAGAUGUAAGUCCUUACCAAAGGCGGGACGAAAGCCCUGACCGGAGGAGAGAUCGAGACCGGAACGAUGAUGCGGCCUUUCAAAGAGGCAAGGACAUCAAACUGAAGCCACCUACGUUCGCGGGAAAGGUCGAUCCGGACGCUUACAUCACAUGGGAGAAGCGCAUGGAAUAUAUCUUUGAGUACUACAAGUACUCCGAGGCAAAGAAGAUAGCUCUAGCCGCGGCCCAGCUUACUGAUAAUGCUCUAUCAUGGUGGGAUCGAGAUGUUGCUAAGUCCGGUCCAGUAUGGAGAGCCCAAAACUGGAUUGAGAUGCGAACCAAACUCCGAGCGAGGUACAUUCCAUCACAUUAUCCUAGAGAUUUACUAAAACGUUUUCGUAAGUUGUCUCAGGGAACUAAGUCCGUGGAGGAGUACUUUGAAGAGUUUGAGGCUCUAAGGAACCGAUUGGAAGUGGACGAGUCUGAGGCGUCCAUGAUGUCUCAGUUCUUGGAGGGGCUGAACGAUCGGAUUGCACGGAAGGUGGAGCGCCAACCGUACGAGGACUUCAAUGAUCUCUUGCACUAUGCCGUCCAGGCUGAGGGCCAUAUCAAGAGGAAGAAUGCGGCCACUAGCCGGAGCAAACCUGCGUGGUCUCAACCAGGUUCCAAAGGUGCUGAAAAGAACAAAUCCAUAGAAGUGGAGAACCGGUUCAAGAAGAACCAAGCUGACACAACUAGAGCCGGUUCAUCUGACCAAGGUAAGGGUCAAGGAAAAGGACACUAUGCUAGAGAUUGUCCGAACAAGAGAGUGAUGGUCCUUAAGGCCGAUGGGGAGUACGAGUCCCAAGAUGAGGCCGAGUUGGAGACAGAUGCAUCUGAUGAGGAAUUGGUCGAUUAUGCUGAGACUGGUGAGUUACUAGUGACCAGACGAUCCCUCAGUGCACUCUUUGAUCCUGAAACCGUCCAAAGAGAAAACAUCUUCCAUACAAGAUGUAGUGUGGAACAAAAGCUAGGUUUGAUCAAGACUCCACACCCGAGACCAUACCGACUCAAGUGGCUCAAUGAUGAGACUGAGCUCAAGAUAGCCGAGCAAGUUGUUGUGUCUUUUAGUAUUGGCAGGUACCAUGACCAGGUGAAGUGUGAUGUUGUUCCUAUGCAAGCCGGCCACAUACUUCUUGGCAGGCCGUGGCAAUUUGACAAGGAAACCAUCCACCAUGGUCGGACCAAUGUCUACAGCUUCUGCCAUAACAACAAGAAGCACAGCUUAGCUCCCCUUAGUCCACAAGAAGUCCAUGAUAUGCAGAAAUCAAUGGACCAGGCUGGAAAGGUGCUACUAAUGGUCUUUAAGGAAGGUUGUUUUGCAGGUUUUGAGGCACAAGAGCUACCUGGCGAGAUGCAAGACCUCAUGGAGAAGUACAAGGACGUCUUCCCUGAUGAUAUACCCGCCGGCUUGCCCCCCAUCCGCGGCAUUGAACAUCAGAUCGACCUUGUACCAGGCGCACCACUGCCCAACCGAGCCGCUUACCGUGUUAACCCUGAAGAGGCCAAGGAGUUGGAGAGGCAGGUCCAAGACCUCAUGGACAAAGGCUAUAUCCGUGAGAGCCUAAGUCCUUGUGCGGUCCCGGUCCUAUUGGUGCCUAAGAAGGACGGAACAUGGCGCAUAUUGAUCUCAGGAGUGGAUAUCACCAACACAUUCAUGAGGCUUAUGAACGAGGUUCUAAGGCCAUACAUCAGUAAGUUUGUGGUUGUGUACUUUGAUGAUAUACUGAUCUAUAGUCAGAGCUUAUCCGACCAUGUUUAUCAUGUAGAGCAGGGACUGAAGGUCGAUGAAGAAAAGAUCAAGGCGAUCCAAGACUGGCCAACUCCGACCACAAUAGGCCAUGUCCGCAGUUUUCAUGGUCUGGCCAGCUUCUAUCGACGGUUUGUCAGGGAUUUCAGUACCAUUGCUGCUCCAAUGACAUAUGUGAUCAAGAAGAAUUCCUUACUCAACUUCGAUAAAACCUUUGAGAUUGAAUGUGAUGCAUCAGGUACAGGCAUAGGAGCUGUGCUUACUCAGGGAGGCCGACCAGUAGCCUUUUUCAGUGAGAAAUUGAGUGGAGCUGCCCUCAAUUAUCCCACCUACGACAAAGAGCUUUAUGCUCUAGUGAGAUCUCUUGAAACUUGGCUACAUUAUCUUUUGUCUAAAGAGUUUGUUAUUCAUACAGAUCAUGAGACUCUUAAACACUUAAGAGGUCAGACCACACUCAAGAAGAGGCACGCCAGAUGGUUAGAGUUUGUGGAGACUUUCCCUUAUGUGAUUAAGUACAAGAAGGGCAAAGACAAUGUGGUGGCCGAUGCACUGUCCCGGAGACACACUCUUAUCUCCACCAUAGAGGCUAAGAUCAUGGGUUUUGAGUAUAUUAAGGAUUCUUAUCUUACUGACCCUGAUUUUCAAGAAGUUUUCAGGAAAACUACCAAGAUGGCAGCCGGCCCAUUUUACCAACAAGAUGGCUUCUUGUUCAAGGAAAAGAAACUGUGCAUUCCCCAAGGGUCCAUGCGGGAAUUGCUGGUUCGGGAGGCCCAUGGUGGCGGCCACAUGGGACAUUUUGGUAGAGAUAAAACUCUAAGUGUCCUAACCGACCAUUUCUUUUGGCCAAACAUGAGGAAGGACGUUAAGAACUUGUGCACCAAGUGCAUUGUCUGCCUUAAGACAAAAUCCAUGUCACAUCCUUACGGUUUAUACAUGCCUUUACCUAUUCCUGACCACCCUUGGAUGGCUCAUUUCAUUGCUUGUAACACAACCAAUGAUGCCACCCAAAUCGCCAACCUGUUCUUCAAAGAGGUGGUUCGUCUACAUGGCAUGCCUAGGCCCAUCGUAUCUGACCGAGACACCAAGUUCUUAAGCCAUUUCUGGAAGACUUUAUGGGGUAAACUUGGUACCAAGCUGUUGUUCUCGACCACUUGCCAUCCACAGACAGAUGGCCAAACCGAGGUAGUAAACCGUACACUCUCUCAGUUAUUGAGAGCUACGGUCGGUAAGAACUUAAGGAACUGGUUAACUUGUCUGCCUUUUAUUGAGUUUGCUUAUAACCAUGCUAGACACUCUACUACUGAUCUUUCUCCUUUUGAAGUUGUCUAUGGUUUUCAGCCGAAGACUCCCUUGGACCUUUCUCCACUGCCCAGUCCUAUUUACCGCAGUCGAGAUGGAGCCCACAAGGCGGAAUUUGUUAAGACUUUGCACCAAAGGGUCAAGGAGAAGCUAGAAGCACAGGCGGCCAAGGUCAAGGCGCGGGUCGACCAAAAGAGGAAGGAAGUUUUGUUCGAACCAGGAGACUUGGUGUGGUUGCACAUGCGGCCAGAAAGAUUUCAUGAAGCAAGGAAGUCCAAGCUAUCACCUCGAGGGACUGGACCCUUCCGGGUUCUUGAAAAGAUCAAUGACAAUGCUUAUAAGCUUGAUCUUCCAGAUGAUGAUGUUCUGAGGCCAGAACCUUUUCAAGGGGGAGGGAAUGAUGAGGCCAUCCAAGUAGAGGUUCCCAUAAUUAGGCGCGGUCCGACCACUAGGAGUGGAACCAAGGCCAUAAGAGAAGGGUUCUCCAAGGCGGUCCAACAAAUCCUAGAUCAAGAUGGACAAACCGGCCAGAACCAGCUACUGAUUAAAGAGAUGGUCCAAUUGAAGAUACAAGACCAAGCCGGUUCAAUUGAAGUUCAAGAUUCAGCCGGUCCAAUCCAAUUCAGAUCACUUGUCCAGAACCAAGCCGCCUUUUAUUUCAUUUGA